AUAGCUCUCACCUCUGAAUCCCCACAUUACCUCAGUAAGUACUUCAGUCCUAUUAGAAUUGGCCUCAAGUCCACGCUUCACUAGAACUGAUUAGUACCUUAGAGACAAGAACUCAUUCAUUGGGGAGAAGUUAUUAUAGUGAACACUAGGCAAGGCUGAAUUCUUAUCUUUAAACAGUCAUCUCAGACGGCAACCAAACCUUGGUGCAGUUAGAGAAGUAGGAGCUCAUUUCCCUUUUCUGGGAGGCUCCUUGAUCUGCUCUUAUUUUCCCUUGGAUCCAUUGGUUUCUCUUGCUCCCUCUCUUCUCCUUUAUUCCCUUCACUCUUGCCUCCCUGACACCGUUCUGCUUUCUGACUUGACCUAGCUUCCCAUUAAUUUCCCUCAGUACCUGGACCCAGUCUGCCAGAUCCCCGCCCCCGAGGCUUUUGCUGUUGGCAUUGCACUUAGACUCCUUCCUUCUCUCGCCGACUGCUAGGGAACCUAGUGAUUGCAGGAUUCCAUCCUUUCUCUGGUGAGCAGGGCAGUACUUGUAGCAGUGUUCACUGUAUGAAUGAUAAACCAAUGUUCUUCUUAUCCCUUCUAUGUGCUCAAUUAUAGUGAUUGACCAGCACAGCCAGUCAGAGGCUGAAAAUGAAAACCCUCCACCUGCCUCCAUUUUUCUUGAAACACCAGCAAAUGUGGGGAGAUAUAGAUGGUUGGCCAGUCCAGCCGCUGGCUUUUCCAAAUUCCUCCUCAAGCUCUGCUCAGGAAGUUGCAUCCCAUCCUGUACUACCAGCAGAGUGAACCUUGCUAAAUCUGUGUGUACUUUUUCCAAGUGCAGUUCGGGGUGUUACUGCCAUUUUAAGUCCUUGAUAAGGAAACACAUAGAGGAACAAUAUUUGUUUCCAAACUCAGAGUAGACUUGCUAAUCAAGAUUUUUAAGUACAAGUGGGAUCUGAUCAGCAGAGGAAGGAAUGUUAAAAACAGUCUUAAUAUAAACUGAUAAAAAGUUUGCAGACAGCACAAAAAUUGGGGGUGUGGUAACUAAGGAGGAGGACAGGUCACUGUGUUCAGAGUGAUCUGGAUCGCUUAAUAAAUGGGGCACAAGCAAACCAUAAACAUUUUUAUACAGUGAAAUCUACAGAUCUAGGAACAGAGAAUGUAGGCCACACUUACAGAAUGGGAGGAAGCUAUCCUGGGAACGAAUGACUCUGAAAAUAACUUAGGAUCUGAUGGAAAAUCAGCUGAACAGGAGCUAUAGUCAAGAGAGCUGUUGUGAUCCUUCGAUCCAUAAACUGGGGAAUCUUGAGUAAGAAUUGAGAAGUUAUUUUACUUCUGUAUUUGGCAUUGGUGUGACCACUGCUGGAAUACUGUGUCCAGUUCUGGUAUCUACAAUUCAAGAAGGAUGUUGAUAAAUUGAAGUGGGCUUAGUGAAGAGCCACAAGAAUGAUUAAAGGAUUGGAAAACAUGCCUCGUAGUAAGACCCAAAUAACUCAAUCUAUUUAGCUUAACAAAGAGAAGGUUAAGGGGUGAGUCUAAGUAUAUGGGAAACAAACAGUUAAUAAUGGGCUCUUCGAUCAAGCAGAGGAAGGUAUAACAUGAUCCAAAGACCGGAAGUUAAAGUUAGAUAAAUUCAGACUGGAAGAAAGUCAUAAGUUUUUAACAGCAUGUAAUGAGCAUUGGAACAACUUACUAAGUCAUGGUGGAGUCUCCGUUAUUGACAAUUUUUAAAUCAAGACUGGAUGUUUUUCUAAACUGUAUGCUCUAGGAAUUAUUUUGGGGAAGUUUUAUGGCCUGUGUUUAUACAGGAGGUCAAACUAGAUAAUCACAGUGGUCCCUUCUAGCCUUGGAAUCUGUGAAUUUAAUUCAUCUUGGGCUAUGGAGAAAUGGGGGCAACUAAUGUUUUCUUAUUACACAAAAUACUUUGAAAUUCCAAUUGUCCUUACACCUCACUAAGUCUGCUUUGCCCCCCUUUUGUCCCAGUCUGCUCUCUCAUGCUAGUUAUAGAGGUUCAGUCCCAUAGAAGGGAAGGAGAGCAGAUGUAUCCAGAACUAGUGUGGAUGUGAGAUAGUUAGGGAAUUUGUACAAUUUACAAACUCUCUGUGUGUGCGCAUGUGAUUAUGAACUCUGUAUAUGUCUUUAUCAAGCUGCAAAUCACAUUUUGAGUGUGGAGGCGAUUGCCUUCUCACCUCCAUGUAGGGCUGAAAUUCCAAUGUGUUGUGGUACAGAGCUGGCAAUAGAGUGUUUUUAAACUUGGAGUGGUCCUCAAUUUUAAUACAAACAUCCUAGACAGACUGGCUCCCACUCAGAAGAAUUGGUUUGUCUGGGGAGAGAAUGCCAGGCAACAAAGUCAUCUGGUAGAGCACUGAUCACCAGUUGAGGCUGAUUCGGAAGUCAUCUGAUCAAGGGACUAGAAGUUUAUAAAAGGACUCACAAGGGAAAGUCUCAGGACACACAUGAGGUUUGGCAGGAGAGAAGAAGGGAACGAACUGAUGAUGGCCAGAGGUGGUAGAUUGGAGAGAAGGCUACAUGUUUAAGAACCCAAGCUAUGCACUGCAACAGGAGGAUUCUGGAUGGCUCUAAAGGGCUCUGGUCUCAGCACAGAGAAUGCUCUGGAAUGAGGCCCUUCACCGCCCCUAUGGUUGUGAUGUUGAACCCCAGGCACUGAAUGAAGCCAUCAGGUGGAGCUCUAAGGAGAACCUGCUUGGAACCACUGAGAGCGAUCCCAAUCUUUUUGUUGCACUUUAUGAUUUUGUAGCAAGCGGCGACAACACGCUCAGCAUCACUAAAGGUGAGAAGCUACGAGUCCUGGGUUACAACCAGAAUGGUGAAUGGAGUGAGGUAUGUUCUAAGAAUGGGCAGGGAUGGGUGCCAAGCAACUAUAUCACACCAGUGAACAGCCUGGAGAAGCAUUCCUGGUAUCAUGGGCCCGUGUCACGCAGUGCAGCAGAGUAUCUGCUGAGCAGCCUCAUCAAUGGCAGUUUUCUGGUUCGUGAAAGUGAGAGCAGCCCGGGGCAGCUGUCCAUCUCCCUCCGGUACGAGGGGCGUGUUUACCACUACAGGAUCAAUACCACCGCAGAUGGAAAGGUGUAUGUGACAGCCGAAAGCCGCUUCAGCACAUUAGCAGAGCUAGUUCACCAUCAUUCUACAGUGGCAGAUGGACUGGUGACAACCUUGCAUUACCCAGCACCCAAGUGCAAUAAGCCCACAGUCUACGGAGUGUCCCCCAUCCAUGACAAGUGGGAGAUGGAACGAACGGAUAUCACCAUGAAGCACAAACUUGGGGGAGGGCAGUAUGGUGAAGUAUACGUUGGUGUCUGGAAGAAAUACAAUCUCACUGUUGCUGUGAAAACACUAAAGGAAGAUACCAUGGAAGUGGAGGAGUUCUUGAAAGAAGCUGCUGUGAUGAAGGAAAUCAAACACCCAAAUCUAGUGCAAUUAUUAGGUGUAUGCACCCUGGAGCCACCCUUUUACAUUGUGACGGAAUAUAUGCCAUAUGGGAACCUGCUGGACUAUUUAAGAGAAUGCAACCGGGAGGAGGUGAGCGCUGUUGUGCUGCUCUACAUGGCCACUCAGAUCUCCUCUGCUAUGGAGUACUUGGAGAAGAAGAAUUUCAUCCACAGGGACCUAGCGGCUCGAAACUGCUUGGUAGGAGAAAACCACGUGGUGAAGGUGGCUGACUUUGGCUUAAGUCGACUGAUGACUGGAGAUACCUACACAGCUCAUGCUGGAGCCAAGUUUCCUAUCAAGUGGACAGCACCUGAGAGCCUGGCAUAUAACACCUUCUCAAUUAAAUCAGAUGUGUGGGCCUUUGGGGUGCUAUUAUGGGAAAUUGCCACCUAUGGGAUGUCACCGUAUCCAGGUAUUGACCUCUCACAGGUGUACGAUCUGCUGGAGAAGGGAUAUCGGAUGGAACAACCAGAGGGGUGCCCUCCAAAAGUUUAUGAACUGAUGAGGGCAUGCUGGAAGUGGAAUCCUCCAGACCGACCAUCCUUUGCUGAGACCCAUCAAGCUUUUGAAACAAUGUUCCAUGACUCCAGCAUCUCUGAAGAGGUAGCAGAGGAGCUUGGAAGAACAGCCUCCUCCUCAUCCAUAGUUCCCUACUUGCCCCGGUUACCCAUGCUUCCCUCCAAGACUAGGACUCUGAAGAAACAGGCAGAGAACAAGGAGAAUAUUGAAGGAACACAAGAUACUGUGGAGCAUUCAGCUUCCAGCUCAGCACCAGGGUUUAUCAGAAGCACACAGCCAACAAGUGGAUCUCCAGCACUGCCUCGCAAGCAAAGGGACAAGUCCCCCAGCGGCCUCUUGGAAGAUGCUAAAGAGACCACUUUCACCAGGGACAGAAAGGGUGGCUUUUUCAGCUCCUUCAUGAAGAAGAGGAAUGCCCCCACACCUCCAAAGCGUAGCAGUUCCUUCCGUGAGAUGGAGAAUCAGCCCCACAAGAAAUAUGAACUCACGGGUAACUUUUCAUCUGUUGCUUCCUUGCAGCAUGUUGAUGGAUUUUCUUUUACUCCCACCCAGCAGGAUGCAAGCCUGGCCCCAGCCAAGUGCUACAGUGGGGGCUUUGCACAGAGGAACUUCUACAGUGAUGACAGUGGUGGUACCAGCAGUGGUGGGAGUGCAAACACUGGUGGUGGGUGGUCAGGCAUCACAGGUUUCUUUACACCACGCUUGAUUAAAAAGACACUGGGUUUACGAGCAGGGAAACCCACGGGUGGCGAAGAAGCUUCAAAGCCUUUUCCAAGGUCAAAUUCUACAUCUUCCAUGUCUUCGGGGCCUCCCGAGCAGGAUAGGAUGGCAAUGACUCUUCCUAGAAAUUGCCAGAGAUCAAAAAUCCAGCUGGAAAGGACAGUGUCUACCUCCUCUCAGCCAGAGGAGAGUAUAGGUAGAUCCACUGACCUGCUUCCCAAAAGGCUUGAAGAAGGUCCUGCUCUGACCAGAGAGAGACCGAGAGCCAAACUCUUGCCAAGAGGUGCCACUGCUCUUCCAGUCAGAACCUCUUCAGGGGAUUCAGCUGUUGCAGAGAAGGACUGUCCAGGUCUGGCAACAACCCCUAAGAGCAAAGAAAAAAACAGUGGUACACGGCAAGGUGCCCUAGAAGAUGGAGAGAGACCAGGAUGGUCUUCUCCAGCAAAGGCUGCAGCAAUACUUCCAACCACUCAUAACCACAAAGUGCCAGUCCUAAUCUCACCCACUCUAAAACAUACUCCAGCAGAUGUGCAGCUUAUUGGCACAGACUCUCAGGGUAAUAAAUUUAAGCUCUUAUCUGAGCAUCAGGUCACAUCUUCCGGCGACAGGGACCGGCCCAGACGGGUAAAACCAAAGUGUGCCCCACCUCCACCACCAGUGAUGAGGCUCCUGCAGCAGUCACCCGUUUGCUCAGACACAGCAGAAGAGUUGAGCAACGCCGCAGCAGCGCAGCAUGGACUGGAAACAAGUGAAGGUGGUAAAAAGGCAGUGGUGGCACAUGGUGGUGGAAAAGCUGGGAGGCCCAUGAUGCCUCCCCCUCAAGUGCCUCUGUCAUCAUCUUCCACCUCACCAGCGAAAAUGGCCAAUGGCACAGCAGGUGCUAAAGUGGCAUUAAGAAAGACCAAACAGGCAGCUGAGAAAAUCUCAGCAGACAAAAUCAGCAAAGAGGCACUGCUGGAGUGUGCAGACCUCCUCUCGAGUGCCAUUGCUGAGCCAACGCCAAACAGCCAGCUGGUGGAUACGGGGCACCAGCUGUUGGAUUACUGCUCAGGCUAUGUGGACUGCAUCCCACAAACACGCAACAAAUUUGCCUUCCGGGAAGCCGUGAGCAAACUGGAACUCAGCCUGCAGGAACUGCAGGUGUCCUCAACAGCUGCUAGUGUGCCUGGAGCAAACCCCGUCCUUAAUAACUUAUUGUCAUGUGUCCAAGAAAUCAGUGAUGUGGUUCAAAGGUAGCUACUGUCAAUCUGGGUAAAGGAAAAAUUACACAUGGAGGGGAAGCUCUGUUCCUGUAUUGAUGCUUUCAAAAGGCAAGACUGAUACUUGAGUGAGUUUUUGUGAAGUACCUCAGAUCACUGAGUUCUCCUCACGUUUACAGUUUCAUCUCAAAAAUAGGGGGAGGGAGGGAGGGAGGGAAGAGACACUGGAGGAGGGAGUGUGUGUGAGAGAUUGAAGCUGAAAGGGCAGAAUCUCAAGAAUUUUCCCUAACCAGCAAAUCUGAUUUACUUGUGUCCGCAAGUGAGAGAAGUUCCUUGCUCUUGCCUGUAAAAGGCAGGAGAAUCGAUGAUGGGUUCUUUUGGUAGGGGGGGUUUCCACGUGCUGUCCAGAGUCCUGGAGUGACUGCAUGGCCAGCUGGCUGUACAGAUCCUCCCCUUUCUGCACUAAUGCAUAUUUUGGCCUCCAGAGAUCACCAGGGAAAGGCAGUAGGGCACAGUUGGUACCUAAUGCUGAGAAUUCUGAGCCUGAGUCCCAGAGGGGGGAGAGUCUGUGUAUGGUUGUGGGGAAAGAGGUGUAACGCACUGAUGGUGUUCAGAGCUGCUGGAGUGGAUGCACUAGCCCAGGUGGCAUACUUCCACAGUACUGUUGCUGCUGUAGUAAGAACUGCAAAAUGAGUUAAUAUAUUAAACUAACCGCUUUCCCUCCCACCCACUUCAUGCCAUUACACAUUUAUAUUUGAAGCAUCAGGCAUGCUGGGCAGAUUUGCCACUGAUGUCCUGCCCUUGCCCCCCCCCCCCCCCCCAAACCACAAACACAGUCUUCACUUUGGUUGACUCUACCCAUUUCAGGUAGUGUAGCAUGGGUGCUACCUGACAGUUGGUCACUUGUGAGUAGUUUGAGGCUGUUGCACAACUUACCAGUGUCUGUUGAUAAACUGUAGAUUGUUUUUAACUUUGGUACAAUGUUAGUUCCUUCUUCUGUGUGGUCACCUGGAGAUGCACAGUUGCCAAGGCACUGCCUCCUGUCCAUGCAGAAUCUCAUUGCUCUCUACAUUCCUUUGUAGCAUUGAAAGUGCUGACACUAAUACAGCCAUCUUGGGAACCAGCCAUAUAGCCUUACUGGCCCUGUAGUCCCACUGUGUAACAGCCUUCUCAGCAUGUCUGACCAACAUAGCAUUAGCUUUGUGGGAGUUGCUCCACAAGCCCUGGCCUUUCCAAGUCACUAGGCUGUAAAUAUAAGUAAGAUAUACCAGAUGUCUCCACAGUCUUUUUUUAAAAUGCUAGAUAUCCGACAGCAUUUUGUGCUGUGGAACGUAGACAGUUCUUCCUACUAUAGCACAGCAGAAUGUGAUGAUGACACAACUGCUUUGUUUUAUAGAGCACCAGUGUUUGUGUUGACAUUCAUCAGUUCUGUAGUGGAUUAAAAAGCUGCUGUCUAGUGGGGUUACAUAGUGACUGGGGUCAGUAAUUGCCAUAGGCCAUAUCCUGAGCUCCUUACUGUUUUAUUCAGCCUCCCACUGAAGCCCUUGGGAGCUUGCCUGAGUAAGAACUUCACAAUUGGGCCCAAUGUGUGCGGAAGAAGGCCUUGCCUGCUAUUUGUGCUGUCACUUAAAAGGAGAUAAUGUGUGACCAAAGCACCACUGCAGGAUGGCUCCAGUACAGUAUGCUCGGUCUCUCUCUAGGGUUAUGACUGCUCUGGCAAGUGGUGGGUUUCACUUUUUCACAAGUGCAAGUGACAGGCUGGUAAUCACCACUUUGUUUUAAAUGCACAAUACACCACUUACAGAGGUCGCCACAAAUGGAGAUUAGUGACUAGAGCAUGCUCAGAAACCUCCUUUAUUCUAUGUGUGCUGAACGCUUUCCAGUAUCUUAUGCAAGUGGAUUUUGCAUGGAUGGUCAGUGGAGCUGGAGGACAGAAAAAGAUCUUUAGCCUAUUCCAUGUUGAUAGCAAAUUUUAGAUUACUGAACACCUGCUUUAUUUCUCUCUCUAAUAUUAAAUGUCUAUACCAAAGGGUCACUCUUCCAAUGUGUGUGCUGUGCACAGGGGUUAACGAUUAUGGUCAGCUCAGCACACAGUUUGUAUCAGUAGUGAAUUUAUUGAGGACAAUAUUGGAUUAAACUAAAAACACCUUAAAUCACCAAUCACACUACCAGUGUUGUCGAUUGUUUUGUUUAAUAAUUGUUGUUGUAAUAUAUUUGUUUUUUCUAAUUUAAUUUUCACUCUAUUGUCUGACUGUGAACUGCAAACAGUGUUAAACUUGAUGUAAAUAAGGUUUUGCCUGUCGUUCCACAAGUUUUGCCAAGUUGCAUUUUGUUUUAAAUAAAAGUUGCAAUAUUUUAUUGGCAAAUAAA